GAUUGCAAAAGUGAGCCUACAGAAUCUGCUCGGCUACUACAACCAGAGCGCGGACGCUUCUCACACCUUACAGAGAAUGAGUGGGUGUGACAUGAGCGCAGACGGCCGUCUCCUCCGCGGGUACUGUCAGCACGCCUACGAUGGCCAGGACUACAUCGCCCUGAACGAGGACUUGAGCUCCUGGACCGCGGCCAACAUGGCGGCUCAGAUCACCAGGCGCAAGUGGGAGGAGGCCGGUGUGGCAGAGAGUGACAGGGCCUACCUGGAGCACACGUGCGUGGAGUGGCUGCGCAGAUACCUGGAGCGCGGCAAGGAGACGCUGCAGCGCACAGUCCCCCAAAGGCACACAUCACCCUCCACCCCACCUCUGAACAUAAGAUGACCCAGAGGUGCUGGGCGCUGGGCUUCUACCCUGCGGAGAUCACCCUGACCUGGCUGCGGGAUGGAGAGGAGCAGACCCAGGAAAUGGAGCUGGUGGAGACCAGGCCUGCAGGAGAUGGAAGC